AUGUACAUUGACGCCAUCGGCUGCCUAGAAAAUCGGGGCUAUGGGCGUCCACGCCAUCUCUUGAAAAGAACGACUCUAGAAGAUAUGGUCGAUUCAACUACCUCUUCGGCUGGAAGCUCAUCUAAAACGAAGUUAGAAUACGCAGCUACCUCCACAGACGUCUCAUCGAGUUGGAUGCAGCCAGAGACAUACGAGGUGCCAUCCUCAACUGAGCCAAUUUCCAGCGAUUUGUCGACCUUGAAUUCAGAUGCGAUUGCUCCAAGCAACAAUCCUCAAACCGAGGCACCAGGAUACUCCGCUGCAUCUCUUGUAACCGAAAUAACGGCUUUCUCUGACGUCUCGACUGUCAAUUCUGAUGUGGCAUCCGUUCAGUCCAUUGCGACUCAAGCAACAGAGGGACUGGACAGGAGAGCAGUUUCUAGUGUCCAGUCGUCGCAACCACAGCCACAAUCUUCAGCAACGUGA